GUUUGGGACAGUGUUCGGUGAAAAUAUUUUAAAUUUCAGAUACAAAAUGCUUCAGCUGUUUCUCUGUGAGCUAAAAUGGAUUGAUGGCAAUGGGAGUGAUGAAUCUGCUACGAAGAGAAAAUCUCUUUUGAGCGAGUUAGAAUCACUUAUCCAGUCAUUGAUGUCUUCAGGAGGCCAAUCCCAAGCUCGGCUUUGGCUUUGCAACACUCUUUCGGGAAUACGUUCCAUUGGCCCGCGCUGCCAACGUGAGCUACAGCCAAGAAUGCAGCACAACUUCUGCAAAUUGAUAUUUGAUAAGCAGCCACGGAAAGUGGGACCUAUUAUAGCCAAGAAAAGUUACAUGUUGGAGAAAUUCUGCAGUGGCAAGUCAACUUCUCAUCCUGAAAAUUCUCUCUGCCUUGGUAUAAAGAGCUUUGAGAUUCAGUUCUACUUUCAUGUAAUCAUUUCAGGAAACCCAAGUAGUGGUGGUUUCGAGCAUGGAAAAGGGGCCAAGGCAGUGUCCCAAUUUGCCUUUGUGAAUUGGGACCUUUGUUGGGGGGAACUUGUGUGGAAAGGAAAACAUGGGCAGUCACCAGCAACGGUUGCUACAGAGCCCCGGUACUUUCUUGAUCUUGAUGUCCAACGGACAGUUGAAAAUUUUCUUGACUACGUGCCCAAAUUUUCAGAAUGA